UCGCCGAGCAUACAUCAUACACCAUGUCGUGCUCAGUAGACGAACCCACCAUGACAGUAGCCGAGAAGCGAGCCAAGGCUAGGGCAGUCCACGCUGGCUUCUGCUGCAAGUGCAAGACGGCAAAGUCGACCAUCGUCGUUCGAUAUGCUGAAUACUGCGACCCCUGCUUCCUGAUCGCACUCGACUCCAAGUUCAGGACAGCACUUCGUAAUGCCCGUCCUUAUAGAGUCAUUACACCCGAGAAUGUCAUGCUCGCUUUUUCAGGAGGAUCCUCGUCAAGAUCGUUAGUCCAUUUCUUUGACGUGUUCCAUUCACUUCCUCCGGAGGUCAUCUCCAACAAACAGCAGCCAAAGAUCUACAACGACAUUCAUGUCUGUCAUAUCGACGAAUCAUCUCUCUUCGAACCAACAACAGGCGAGGAUUCCGAGUCGCAGUCAACCAUGGAGCAGGCGCAGUCAAUCGCAACAAAAUAUAAUUAUAAAUUCCACGGAGUACGGAUCGAGGACAUCUACGACCCAGAAUGGACAGACUCUCGGUGCUUUGAAGCCGUUGUUGAGAUCAUGACCUCUAGCUCUAAGGAUCAGCUGGCAACUUCUGGUCAGGCACCCGAGUUACUAUCACGGAUUCUCCCUCUCUCACCGACCAUCACAUCCAACAGUACCGUUACAGAGGCAUCAACUACGACAUCCGGUCGGUCGAAAUUGUCACGCGCGGAAAAAACUGAAAAGCUGAAGGCUCUGUUGAGUGCCUGCACGACCUUGACAGCCAAGGAGACGAUUUUGCAACAUUUCCGAUCCAGUCUAUUGAUCCAGCUCGCCAAACGCGCAAAGUGCACGAUCCUUGCAUUGGGAGAUUCAGCAACGAGAGUCGCCAUUCAGAUCAUCGGACUCACUGCCAUUGGACGGGGGUAUUCGCUACCACACGAGACGUCGUUGGUGUCGAAUUGGGUCCAGGGGUGCAAGGUGAUCCGGCCAUUGAAGGACUGUCUGGUGAACGAGCUGGAUACGUUUUGUAGGCUGAACGAGCUUGGGCUGAUUGAGAAACACGCAGCAAGUCUCGACUGGACUGUAAAGACAAAGGGCGAGGUGAAGAGUAUCAGCCGACUUACGGAGGAGUUCAUUACGGGACUGGACAAGGACUUUCCUUCGACCGCGGCGACUGUUUGCAGGACAGCGGCCAAGUUGACUCCGCCGGACGUUACAUAUGAAAACAAGUGUCCUCUGUGUCUUGGCCCCGUUCAGGAAGGUGUUCAGGAGUGGAAAAACCGCAUUACAGUAACCACUGCACCCUCCAGUGCCUCUAACAGCGCAGUAGAGACAUUAGGAACGAAUGAUGGAUGUUGCUCGUCCAAAGGAACAGAAUGCUGUGGAAGUAGCGGUUCGACGUCUUCUUGCAUGCCACAAUCACAGCAGAGCCAUAAUGCGAAUGCAACGUUGCCGUUCUCAGCUCUGCUCUGCUACGGUUGCUUGACGAACUUGCGCGAUCUAAACCUGAAGAUGUUGGGUAGCAAGGACGGUCAGGAUACAUCAUCGUUCGACCUACCUCCAUACGUGGCGGAAACUAUUCUAGAUCGCACAGGAUAUUCAUCGCUAGAGGAAUAUGAGGCGCGGUCGUCAUCUCAUGGUGCCAAGGCUGCCAAUGUGGACCCACGGGAGAGUCUUCGUGAGCAGAUCCAAGAGUUUUUGAUUGUCUCGGAUGAUGAUGAUGACGACGACGAAGAGAAAGACGGAUAGUUCUAAUAAAGAUCUAAUCUAAUGCGACGACAAAAGCG